CUUGGUUCAUUCCAGCCGCAGAAGCUCAGGGCUCCCGCGUACCGGGAUUUUUUUCCGAGCAGAAAAAAGCUCCAGAGCUCUCCUGACCUCCUUUCUCCUCGGCGGUGAGCGGAGCCUCUCCCUCGGCGCUGCCGGCCGCGCCAUGCCGCGCUCGCGGGGACGGGAGCAGGGGCGCUGCGGCUGCCCCGCGGGGAGGGCUCGCGGCGAAGCCGGGAUUUCGGCGCUCGUGCCCGGCGUCGGGAGCCGCUGGGGCCGCUCGCCGCCGCAGCCCACGCCGCCGCCGCCGCCGCCGCCGCUGCUGCUGCUGCUGGGCUGGGGGCUUCUCAGCGCCUCGGCCGCCGCGGGCCAGAACUGCACGUUCCAACUGCAAGGUCCCAAUGGGACAGUUGAGAGCCCAGGGUUCCCGUAUGGCUACCCUAAUUAUGCCAACUGCACGUGGACCAUCACCGCAGAGAACCAGCACAGAAUCCAGCUUGUAUUCCAGUCCUUCGCCCUGGAAGAGGACUUUGACGUCCUGUCGGUGUUUGAUGGCCCGCCCCAGCCAGAGAACCUGCGAACCAGGCUCACUGGCUUUCAGCUGCCAGCCACCAUCGUCAGCGCCGCCGCCACCCUCUCUCUGCAUCUCAUCAGCGACUAUGCAGUCAGCGCGCAGGGCUUCCACGCCAGCUAUGAAGUUCUCCCCAGUCACACGUGUGGGAACCCCGGGCGGCUGCCCAAUGGCAUCCAGCAGGGCUCAACCUUCAACCUGGGGGACAAGGUCCGCUACAGCUGCAACCCCGGCUUCUUCUUGGAGGGCCAUGCCGUGCUCACCUGCCACGCCGGCUCCGAGAACAGUGCCACGUGGGACUUCCCCCUGCCCUCCUGCAGAGCGGACGAUGCCUGCGGGGGGACGCUGCGGGGCCAGAGCGGCAUCAUCUCCAGCCCCCACUUCCCCUCGGAGUACCACAACAACGCCGACUGCACGUGGACCGUCCUGGCCGAGCUGGGGGACACCAUCGCCCUGGUCUUUAUUGACUUCCAGCUGGAAGAUGGUUACGACUUUCUGGAAGUCACGGGCACCGAGGGCUCCUCACUGUGGUUCACCGGAGCCAGCCUCCCAGCCCCUGUCAUCAGCAGCAAGAACUGGCUGCGGCUACACUUCACCUCGGACGGCAACCACCGGCAGCGUGGCUUCAGUGCCCAGUACCAAGUCAAGAAGCAAAUUGAGUUGAAGUCUCGAGGUGUGAAGCUGAUGCCCAGCAAACAUAACAGCCAGAAGACAUCUGUGUUAACUCAGGUUGGUGUGUCCCAAGGGCAUAAUAUGUGUCCAGACCCUGGCAUACCUGAAAGGGGCAAAAGACUAGGCUCGGAUUUCAGGUUAGGAUCCAGCGUCCAGUUCACCUGCAGCGAGGGCUAUGACCUGCAAGGGUCCAAGCGGAUCACCUGUAUGAAAGUGAGCGACAUGUUUGCAGCCUGGAGCGACCAUAGGCCGGUCUGCCGAGCCCGCAUGUGUGAUGCCCACCUUCGAGGCCCCUCGGGCAUCAUCACCUCCCCCAAUUUCCCUAUUCAGUAUGACAACAAUGCACACUGUGUGUGGAUCAUCACAGCACUCAACCCUGCCAAGGUGAUCAAGCUGGCCUUUGAGGACUUUGACUUGGAGAGGGGCUACGACACCCUGACGGUCGGGGACGGCGGGCAGGACGGGGACCAGAAAACCGUUCUUUACGUCCUGACAGGUACGUCAGUCCCAGAUCUCAUUGUCAGCACCAACCACCAAAUGUGGCUCCUCUUCCAAACCGAUGGCAGCGGCAGCUCCCUGGGAUUCAAGGCUUCUUACGAAGAGAUCGAGCAGGGCAGCUGUGGUGAUCCUGGCAUCCCUGCCUACGGCCGGAGGGAAGGCUCCCGGUUCCACCACGGUGACACACUCAAGUUUGAGUGCCAGCCUGCCUUUGAGCUGGUGGGGCAGAAGGCAAUCACGUGCCAAAAGAAUAACCAGUGGUCGGCUAAGAAGCCAGGCUGCGUGUUUUCCUGCUUCUUCAACUUCACCAGCCCCUCUGGGGUCGUCCUGUCGCCCAACUACCCAGAGGACUACGGCAACCACCUCCACUGCGUCUGGCUCAUCCUGGCCCGGCCCGAGAGCCGCAUCCACCUGGCUUUCAACGACAUCGACGUGGAGCCUCAGUUUGACUUCCUGGUCAUCAAGGAUGGGGCCACGGCUGAGGCCCCGGUCCUGGGCACCUUCUCAGGAAACCAGCUCCCCUCCUCCAUCACAAGCAGUGGCCACGUGGCCCGUCUCGAGUUCCAGACUGACCACUCCACGGGGAAGAGGGGUUUCAACAUCACCUUUACCACCUUCCGACACAACGAGUGCCCAGAUCCCGGCGUUCCAGUGAAUGGCAAACGGUUCGGUGACAGCCUCCAACUGGGAAGCUCCAUCUCCUUCCUCUGUGAUGAAGGCUUCCUCGGGACUCAGGGCUCGGAGACCAUCACCUGCAUCCUGAAGGAGGGCAGCGUGGUCUGGAACAGCGCUGUGCUGCGGUGUGAAGCUCCCUGCGGUGGUCAUCUCACUUCACCCAGUGGCACCAUCCUAUCUCCGGGCUGGCCUGGCUUCUACAAGGAUGCCCUCAGCUGUGCCUGGGUGAUUGAAGCCCAGCCAGGCUACCCCAUCAAAAUCACCUUCGACAGAUUUAAAACUGAGGUCAACUAUGAUACUCUGGAAGUUCGAGAUGGACGGACACACUCAGCACCCUUGAUCGGGGUUUACCACGGGACCCAGGUUCCCCAGUUCCUCAUCAGCACCAGCAACUACCUCUAUCUCCUCUUCUCUACCGACAAGAGUCACUCGGACAUUGGCUUCCAGCUCCGCUAUGAGACUAUAACCCUGCAGUCAGACCACUGUCUGGAUCCAGGGAUCCCCGUAAAUGGGCAGCGCCAUGGGAAUGACUUCUACGUGGGUGCUCUAGUGACCUUCAGCUGUGACUCAGGCUACACGUUAAGUGAUGGGGAGCCCCUGGAGUGUGAACCUAACUUCCAGUGGAGCCGGGCCCUACCCAGCUGUGAAGCACUUUGUGGUGGCUUCAUUCAAGGCUCCAGUGGGACCAUCUUGUCACCAGGGUUUCCUGACUUCUACCCCAACAACUUGAACUGCACCUGGAUUAUUGAAACAUCCCAUGGCAAGGGUGUGUUCUUUACAUUCCACACCUUCCACCUGGAGAGCGGCCACGACUACCUCCUCAUCACCGAGAACGGCAGCUUCUCACAGCCCUUGAGACAGCUGACUGGCUCGCGGUUGCCGGCCCCCAUCAGUGCCGGACUCUAUGGCAACUUCACCGCCCAGGUCCGCUUCAUUUCCGAUUUUUCCAUGUCCUACGAAGGAUUCAACAUCACCUUCGCAGAAUAUGACUUGGAGCCCUGUGAGGAGCCUGAGGUCCCAGCCUACAGCAUCCGGAAGGGCUUACAGUUCGGCGUAGGCGACACCUUGACCUUCUCCUGCUUCCCCGGGUACCGUCUGGAGGGCACGGCCCGCAUCACGUGCCUGGGGGGCAGACGGCGCCUGUGGAGUUCGCCUCUGCCAAGGUGUGUUGCUGAGUGUGGGAAUUCAGUCACGGGCACUCAGGGCACAUUGCUGUCCCCCAACUUUCCUGUGAACUACAAUAACAACCACGAAUGCAUCUACUCCAUCCAGACCCAGCCGGGGAAAGGCAUUCAGCUUAAAGCCAGGACGUUUGAACUGUCAGAAGGAGAUGUCCUCAAGGUCUAUGACGGCAACAACAACUCUGCCCGUUUGCUGGGGGUGUUCAGCCAUUCAGAGAUGAUGGGGGUGACUUUGAACAGCACAUCCAGCAGUCUGUGGCUUGAUUUCAUCACUGACGCCGAGAACACCAGCAAGGGCUUUGAGCUGCAAUUUUCCAGUUUUGAACUCAUCAAGUGUGAGGAUCCUGGAACCCCCCAGUUUGGCUACAAGGUUCAUGACGGAGGCCAUUUUGCAGGAAGCUCUGUGUCCUUCAGCUGUGACCCUGGAUACAGCCUGAGGGGCAGUGAGGAGCUGCUGUGUCUGAGUGGGGAGCGCAGGACCUGGGACCGGCCUCUCCCCACCUGUGUCGCUGAGUGUGGAGGGACAGUGAAAGGAGAGGUGUCGGGGCAGGUGCUGUCACCCGGGUAUCCAGCUCCCUACGAACACAAUCUCAACUGCAUCUGGACCAUUGAGGCUGACGCUGUGUCCACAGCCACGUCCUGCAACGACCCUGGCAUCCCACAGAACGGGAGCCGGAGUGGUGACAGUUGGGAAGCCGGAGACUCCACGGUGUUCCAAUGUGACCCAGGCUAUGCACUGCAGGGGAGCACGGAGAUCAGCUGUGUGAAGAUCGACAACAGAUUCUUCUGGCAGCCCAGCCCGCCAACGUGCAUCGCGCCCUGCGGGGGAGACCUGACGGGACCAUCAGGAGUCAUUCUGUCGCCAAAUUACCCAGAACCUUACCCACCAGGCAAGGAGUGUGACUGGAAAGUGACCGUCUCUCCGGACUACGUCAUCGCCCUGGUAUUUAACAUCUUUAACUUGGAGCCUGGCUAUGACUUCCUCCAUAUCUACGAUGGACGGGACUCUCUCAGCCCUCUCAUAGGAAGCUUCUAUGGCUCCCAGCUCCCAGGCCGCAUCGAGAGUAGCAGCAACAGCCUCUUCCUCGCCUUCCGCAGUGACGCAUCCGUGAGCAGUGCCGGCUUCGUCAUCGACUACACAGAAAACCCACGGGAGUCAUGUUUUGAUCCUGGUUCCAUCAAGAACGGCACGCGGGUGGGGUCCGACCUGAAGCUAGGCUCCUCCAUCACCUACUACUGCCACGGGGGCUAUGAGGUUGAGGGCACCUCUACCCUCAGCUGCGUCCUGGGGCCUGAUGGGAAGCCAGCGUGGAACAACCCCCGACCAAUGUGCACAGCCCCCUGUGGGGGACAAUAUGUGGGUUCAGACGGAGUGGUCUUGUCCCCCAACUACCCCCAGAACUACACCAGUGGACAGAUCUGCCUCUAUUUUGUCACCGUGCCCAAGGACUAUGUGGUGUUUGGACAAUUCGCCUUCUUCCACACGGCCCUCAACGACGUGGUGGAGGUGCAUGACGGCCACAGCCAACACUCCCGGCUCCUCAGCUCCCUCUCGGGCUCCCACACAGGAGAAUCGCUGCCCCUGGCCACCUCCAAUCAAGUUCUCAUCAAGUUCAGUGCCAAAGGCCAAGCACCAGCCAGAGGUUUCCACUUUGUCUACCAAGCGGUACCCCGAACCAGUGCCACUCAGUGCAGCUCUGUGCCGGAACCCCGCUAUGGCAAGAGGCUGGGCAGUGACUUCUCCGUGGGAGCCAUCGUCCGCUUCGAUUGCAACUCCGGCUAUGCCCUGCAGGGGUCCCCAGAAAUCGAGUGCCUCCCUGUUCCUGGGGCCUUGGCCCAGUGGAAUGUAUCCGCACCCACCUGCGUGGUGCCAUGUGGAGGCAACCUCACGGAGCGCAGGGGCACCAUCCUGUCCCCCGGCUUCCCAGAGCCCUACCUCAACAGCCUCAACUGUGUGUGGAAGAUCAUGGUCCCCGAAGGCGCUGGUAUCCAGAUUCAAGUCAUCAGUUUUGUCACAGAGCAGAACUGGGACUCUCUGGAGGUGUUCGAUGGUGCAGACAACACCGUAACCAUGCUGGGGAGCUUCUCAGGAACAACCGUGCCUGCCCUCCUGAACAGCACCUCCAACCAGCUGUACCUUCAUUUCUACUCAGAUAUCAGCGUGUCAGCAGCCGGCUUCCACUUGGAGUACAAAACGGUGGGCCUGAGCAGCUGUCCAGAACCAGCCGUGCCCAGUAACGGGGUGAAGACUGGAGAGCGCUACCUGGUGAAUGACGUGGUCUCUUUCCAGUGUGAGCCAGGAUACGCCCUCCAGGGCCACGCCCACAUCUCCUGCAUGCCCGGAACCGUGCGCCGCUGGAACUACCCUCCGCCGCUCUGUAUUGCGCAGUGUGGGGGCACAGUGGAAGAGAUGGAGGGGGUGAUCCUGAGCCCCGGCUUCCCCGGCAACUACCCCAGCAACAUGGACUGCUCCUGGAAGAUAGCGCUGCCUGUGGGCUUUGGAGCUCACAUCCAGUUCCUGAACUUCUCCACCGAGCCCAACCACGACUUCAUAGAAAUCCGGAACGGCCCCUAUGAGACCAGCCGCAUGAUGGGCAGAUUCAGUGGCAGCGAGCUUCCCGGCUCCCUGCUCUCCACGUCCCACGAGACCACUGUGUAUUUCCACAGCGACCACUCCCAGAACCGGCCAGGAUUCAAGCUGGAGUAUCAGGCCUAUGAACUUCAAGAGUGCCCAGACCCAGAGCCCUUUGCCAAUGGCAUUGUGAGGGGAGCUGGCUACAAUGUUGGACAAUCAGUGACCUUCGAGUGCCUCCCAGGAUAUCAACUGAUUGGCCACCCUGUCCUCACAUGUCAACAUGGCACCAACCGGAACUGGGACCACCCCCUGCCCAGGUGUGAAGUCCCCUGUGGCGGGAACAUCACCUCUUCCAAUGGCACUGUGUACUCCCCUGGCUUCCCCAGUCCAUACUCCAGCUCACAGGACUGUGUCUGGCUGAUCACCGUGCCCAUUGGUCAUGGCAUCCGCCUCAACCUCAGCCUGCUGCAGACAGAGCCCUCCGGAGACUUCAUCACCGUCUGGGAUGGGGCACAGCAGACAGCUCCACAGCUUGGAGUCUUCAGCCGGAGCUUGGCCAAGAAAACAUUGCACAGCUCAUCCAACCAGGUCCUGCUCAAGUUCCACCGUGAUGCAGCCAUGGGUGGGAUCUUCGCCAUAGCCUUCUCUGCAUAUCCACUCACCAAAUGCCCUCCUCCCACCAUCCUCCCCAAUGCUGAAGUCGUCACAGAGAAUGAAGAAUUCAACAUAGGUGACAUCGUCCGCUACAGGUGCCUCCCUGGCUUUACCUUAGUAGGGAAUGAAAUCCUGACCUGCAAACUUGGAACUUACCUGCAGUUUGAAGGACCGCCCCCAAUAUGUGAAGUGCACUGCCCAACGAACGAGCUUCUGACGGACUCUACAGGUGUGAUCCUGAGUCAGAGCUACCCAGGAAGCUAUCCCCAGUUCCAGACCUGCUCUUGGCUGGUGAGAGUGCAACCCGACUACAACAUCUCCCUCACAGUGGAGUACUUUCUCAGUGAGAAGCAGUAUGAUGAGUUUGAGAUCUUUGAUGGUCCCUCCGGACAGAGUCCUCUGCUGAAAGCCCUCAGUGGGAAUUACUCAGCUCCCCUGAUUGUCACCAGCUCAAGCAACUCCGUGUACCUGCGCUGGUCUUCUGACCAUGCCUACAACCGGAAGGGCUUUAAGAUUCGGUAUUCAGCUCCCUACUGCAGCCUGCCCAGGGCUCCGCUCCAUGGCUUCCUUCUGGGCCAGCCCAGCACCCAGCCCGGAGGCUCCGUCCACUUUGGCUGCAACGCCGGCUACCGCUUGGUGGGACACAGCAUGGCCAUUUGUACCCGGCACCCCCAGGGCUACUACCUGUGGAGCGAGGCCAUUCCUCUCUGUCAAGCUCUUUCCUGUGGGCUCCCUCAGGCCCCCAAGAAUGGAAUGGUGUUUGGCAAAGAGUACACAGUGGGGACCAAGGCUGUGUACAGCUGCAGCGAAGGCUACCACCUCCAGGCAGGUGCCGAGGCCACAGCAGAGUGUCUGGAGACAGGCCUUUGGAGCAACCACAAUGUCCCCCCACAGUGUGUCCCUGUGACCUGUCCCGAUGUCAGCAGCAUCAGCGUGGAACAUGGCCGAUGGAGGCUCAUCUUUGAGACACAGUACCAGUUCCAGGCCCAGCUGAUGCUCAUCUGUGACCCUGGCUACUACUACACUGGCCAAAGGGUCAUCCGCUGUCAGGCCAAUGGCAAAUGGAGCCUCGGGAACUCUAUGCCCACCUGCCAAAUCAUCUCCUGCGGAGCGCUCCCCGUCCCGCCCAGCGGGCACCGCAUCGGAACACUGUCCGUCUACGGGGCCACGGCCAUCUUCUCCUGCAAUUCUGGCUACACGCUGGUGGGCUCCAGGGUGCGGGAGUGCAUGGCCAAUGGGCUCUGGAGUGGCUCCGAAGUUCGCUGCCUUGCUGGGCACUGUGGGACCCCUGAGCCCAUCGUCAACGGACACAUCAAUGGGGAGAACUACAGCUACCGGGGCAGCGUGGUGUACCAGUGCGACGCCGGCUUCCGCCUGAUCGGCAUGUCCGUGCGCAUCUGCCAGCAGGAUCACCUGUGGUCGGGCAAGACACCUUUCUGUGUGCCAAUUACCUGUGGACACCCAGGCAACCCGAUCAACGGCCUCACUCAGGGCAACCAGUUUAACCUCAACGACGUGGUCAAGUUUGUUUGCAACCCCGGGUAUGUGGCUGAGGGGGCCGCUAGGUCCCAGUGCCUGGCCAGCGGGCAGUGGAGCGACACCCUGCCCACCUGCAGAAUCAUCAACUGCACAGACCCUGGGCACCAGGAAAACAGCAUUCGUCAAGUGCAUGCCAGCGGCCCACACAGGUUCAGCUACGGCACCACCGUGUCUUACCAGUGCAGCCACGGCUUCUACCUCCUGGGCACCCCGGUGCUCGGCUGCCAGGGGGAUGGCACGUGGGAUCGUCCCCGCCCCCAGUGCCUCUUGGUGUCCUGUGGCCAUCCAGGCUCUCCACCUCAUGCCCAGAUGUCCGGAGACAGCUUUACCGUGGGAGCAGUCGUGCGUUACAGUUGCAUCGGCAAGAGGACUCUGGUCGGCAAUGCCACCCGUAUGUGUGGGCUGGAUGGACACUGGACUGGCUCCCUCCCCCACUGCUCAGGAGCCAGCAUGGGAAUCUGUGGUGACCCGGGGACCCCAGCACACGGCAUCCGUUUGGGGGAUAGCUUUGCCCCAGGCAGCCUGAUGCGCUUCAGCUGUGAAGCUGGCCACACGCUCCGGGGAUCGUCUGAGCGGACCUGUCAAGCCAACGGCUCGUGGAGCGGCACGCAGCCUGAGUGUGGAGUGAUCUCUUGUGGGAACCCCGGGACUCCAAGCAACGCCCGAGUCAUGUUCAGUGACGGCCUGGGCUUCUCCAGCUCCAUCGUCUAUGAGUGUCGGGAAGGCUACUACGCCACGGGCCUGCUCAGCCGACACUGCUCGGUCAACGGCACCUGGACAGGCAGUGACCCGGAGUGCAUAGUCAUAAACUGUGGUGACCCUGGGAUUCCAGCCAAUGGCCUCCGGCUGGGCAAUGACUUCAGGUACAACAAAACAGUGACGUUUCAGUGCGUCCCUGGCUACAUGAUGGAGUCACAUAGGGUGUCUGUGCUGAGCUGCACCAAGGACCGGACAUGGAAUGGUACCAAGCCAGUGUGCAAAGCUAUCAUAUGCAAGCCACCUCAGCUAAUCCCCAAUGGGAAAGUGCUGGGAUCCGACUUCAUGUGGGGCUCAAGCGUGACAUAUGCCUGCGUGGAGGGGUACCAGUUGUCCCUGCCUGCGGUGCUUACCUGUGAGGGGAAUGGAUCCUGGACUGGAGAGUUGCCUCAGUGUUUCCCCGUGUUCUGCGGAGAUCCUGGCGUCCCAGCCCGUGGCAGGAGAGAGGACCGAGGCUUCUCCUACAGGUCGUCCGUCUCCUUCUCCUGCCAGCCCCCUCUGGUGCUGGUGGGCUCUCCUCGAAGGUUUUGCCAGUCAGAUGGGACGUGGAGUGGCACCCAGCCCAGCUGCAUAGACCCAACACUGACCAUGUGUGCAGACCCCGGCAUGCCGCAGUUCGGGAUACAGAACAAUUCCCAGGGAUACCAGGUUGGAAGCACAGUGCUCUUCCGUUGCCAGAAAGGUUACCUGCUUCAGGGCUCCACCACCAGGACCUGCCUCCCCAACCUGACCUGGAGCGGAACCCCACCCGACUGUGUCCCCCACCACUGCAAGCAGCCAGAGACACCAUCCCAUGCCAACGUUGGGGCCCUGGACUUGCCGUCCAUGGGCUACACACUCCUCUACUCCUGCCAGGAGGGCUUCUCCCUCAAGGGUGGCUCCGAGCACCGCACCUGCAAAGCCGAUGGCAGCUGGACAGGCAAACCACCCAUCUGCCUGGAGGUCCGGCCUAGUGGGAGACCCAUCAACACUGCCCGGGAGCCACCACUCACCCAAGCUUCUGUUCCUGGGGAUGUUUUUGCCAAGAACUCCCUAUGGAAAGGGGCCUAUGAGUACCAGGGGAAGAAGCAGCCGGCCAUGCUCAGAGUGACUGGAUUCCAGGUUGUCAACAGCAAGGUCAAUGCCACCAUGAUUGACCACAGUGGCGUGGAGGUGCACUUGGCUGGUAAGGAGCAGACCACCCCUCUGAAAGCCCUGGUGUGGAGAAGACCCAAAGUUCCAUUCAAUGGCUAUGCUGGCCAUGAGAACACGAACGUUCGGGCCACAUUCGAGAACCCAAUGUACGACCGCAACAUCCAGCCCACAGACAUCAUGGCCACGGAGGCGGAAUUCACCGUCAGCACAGUGUGUACAGCGGAAGACACACGCGUGUGUAUAUCUCGAUACAGGGGAGAGGACCUCCCCACCCGCGGCCACACCGCCCCGGAGCUGUCCCCUCACGCAUCACGUCUCUGUGACCUGAGGUUUCUGCUCUGUGACCUUGCAGACCUCAGGCUGCUGGAGUCUGACCCUGAGUCCAUCGGCCGCCACUUUGCUUCCAACAGCAGCUCGGUGGCAGCCGCAAUCCUGGUGCCUUUCAUCGCCCUCAUCAUCGCGGGCUUCGUGCUUUAUCUCUACAAGCACAGGAGAAGACCCAAAGUUCCAUUCAAUGGCUAUGCUGGCCAUGAGAACACGAACGUUCGGGCCACAUUCGAGAACCCAAUGUACGACCGCAACAUCCAGCCCACAGACAUCAUGGCCACGGAGGCGGAAUUCACCGUCAGCACAGUGUGUACAGCGGUAUAGCCACCAGGCCUGGCUGCCACCGCCGCCGCCACCGAGAGCCCGCCUCCGGCAGCCGUUCUCCAGGGGACAGGCAGUCAGCCCCCUGAGCACAGUGCCCGGUGCCCAUCUUCGUCUGUCUCUCUGCCUGUGUCUGCUACUGCUGGGACUUGGGCCCUCGCCCUGCCGCCAUCUGCACCCACCACCCCGGAGAAGACUCCCACUGGGCCCCGACUUUGGGCAGUAAAGGAAGGGGGGGCUGCAGACGGAUGAAGGAAGCUACGGAUUGAAGCAUCUUGUGGGUGUGCCCGCGUGUGUGUAUGGGCCUGAGCGCACACAAACACACACGCCUCUCCUUCAUUUGAGUCCCAUGGAAGAGACCACAGAAGCUUAAAAAAGAGAAAUGUGUGUGGAAGAUGCCCCAUGCCCUGCUCCCCACAAACACAGAGAAGGGGUGAAGAGGAGGACACCCGGUCCACACUGAAACCAACAUGCUGCACCUGCCGUGUGUGAGGACGCAGGUGGCCAGUGUGCAGAAGCCAGCUCUCUGCAGAUGGACGUUCUCAUCUGCAAGUGACAGCAAGGAGUACCCCAAGGGCAGAAAAACAUCUUAAGAAGUACUUUGGAAAGCAGUUUAUUUUUUUCCAACAGAAUUUUAUUGAGUUCUAAACCCAGUGAGUUAAAAAGUCAUUCUGGAUCCUGGGCAGCAGGGGGAAAGAAGGAUGAGUCGGGGGAGGGACAGCGGGUAUAUGGCCUUGAGUCCAAGGUCAAGUCUGGCUGUCAGCUGACAGAAAACAAGCAAGUCUGGCCCAGACAGAGGUGGCCAAGUCUGCAGGCAUCGGAAAGGUGCUGGUACAGGAGGGCAAGCCUACCCCGGCGUCCAGAAACAAAUGGCUGCCAUGUGUUGAGUUUCUUUCUGUGCCUGGCACUUCCAGUGUAUCAUCUCUAGACCUCACAACACCCAAGAUAGAGGAACUGUUAUUCUUAGAAAUGAGAAAACAGAAGCCCGGAAAGGUUGAAGAGACGUAAGCCACACAGUAAGUGUGCAGUCAGGAUGCUAACCCAGGUGGGUCUGACUCCAAAGUCCACGACACCAGCCGCCAGCCACCCAGGUCUAACGGGGCACCAAAUGCAGGGGGGAGUAGGUGCAUCUCUGUAGUAGAACUGUGGCCAGGGCUGGUGGCCCAGGCAGGGGACCUGUGUGUCCUAGCAGGCUCUGUUCUCUCCACCCGGGCAGCGUCGGGGAAAGGACCCGGUGCCCAGGCCUCCCGGAGCUGGUGCUGGCCCCUUGGCUCCCGGUAGCCCCUCGCUACAGCAGACAGCGGACCUGAGCACGCCGGAAUCAAAAGAAUGGAGUGAAUGAAAGUCACAUUCUCUCCAGUUCCUCGCAAGUGGGCUUGAUUCAUUUUGAGUUCCAUCGUGCUUGGGUCAUUACUGAAUUCCAUAUACCUAUUAUUGGGACACUAACAAGUUUAGGUAUCAAAUGGUGGCAUUUAGAGCCAUUUUCUCUGUCCUCGGGAAAGUCCCCCUGGGCUUAAGCACCUGUGAACGUGUGCCAUGCAGGCCUAAGAUGUUCGUAUCACACACUAAAUACGGAUAGAAAUGUCAGGGAGUGGAGUGGCAGGGACACCUGGUUCUUAAGCAAAUGAAGUGAUCAGCCUAACGUCAAGACGGCCUGGAGUACAGGGAGAGGUGGUCAGGUUCCAGCAGAUGGGACUGGGACCUGCCAUGGCAGGAACCCAUGGCUGCCCACACCUGCUCUGGGUCACCGCAUCCCUGGGCUUGGCGGGAGAGGACCAACCCAGACACACACUCAGGCGCUCAUCUCUGUCUUUCCUGGGAAACAAAUGCAGGAAGUUCUUUGGCUGCUUCCUUCCCCGUUCUUCAUUCCUCUCAGACCACGCAGCGGGCUCCUCCUCCAGCCCUGCCCCACCCCCUCCCCUGUGUCGCCUUGUGAAGUCCGAGGAGAUGCCCGAGGAGCACAUGCGGGGGGAAGGGGGCCCGCACUCCGCUGUGCGUCAUCGCCCAUGCCCACCUCUGGCAUCUUCGCACCACCUCCAGAGACUUGGAAGGAACCGGGGGCAGACUAGGCCUUUCACUUACCACCCGCCCCAUAUAUCCACCACCAUCCCAUGAGGGAAAAAAAAAGUAAAACAAAAACAAACAAAAAAAAUCUUUUGUACAGAGAUAUAUUUUUAUUAUACAAAGUUUGUACAGUACCAAAAAAGAAAGAAAAAAAGGUGUAAAUUUUUUUUCAUUAUUGUAGGUAAACGGUAGUGGAAGCCUUUUUUGUAAAUGUAAUAAAAUGUAUAAAUAUGGUUUUCAGAAAACAUCAAGUACUGUAAAUAUGUAAUCUCCACACCUCCUUGGCUUGUCUGCAGUAUAUACAUUUAAUUUAUCUGUCUCUGUAUAUGAGGCUUCCCCUGGG